AUGCUUUACCCAACGAUUAUAGUGUUGAGGAAUCUUACCUCGUUUGCGACCAAGGGCACAAUGCGGGGUGGUGUUCCCCGUGUAUAUUACCCCUGGAUGAAGCCCGGUAGUAUCACACGUAGACGAUUUGAAAAGAUGCGAAACCCAUUUGUAGAUCUCGAAACAGGAACUUCACUCUAUUUCCGCGACACGCGUGACUCAGCUGAAGCAGUCGCACACGCGGCAGAUAGCAAAGGCCUCAAGGGUAUGGACAAUGGUAUAGACCUCUACAACGAAUAUCGCAUCGUUCCCGAUUUGUACCCUGAGGGCUUUCAAUGGAAGCAUAAACUUAACACUGAGUACAACCAGUGGCGCUCCAAUACCUGGAUGACGCCAGAGCUCAUCCCGAUGGAACACCGAGGGAGGUUUUUGUGCAACUUCCAGCUUAACAUUGUCGCUUAUGACAUGCGUGUAGUAAAAUUUAGCCCAACAGAUCACCGUCAGUGGAUUUACUGCGUUCUGUAUGUGGGCACCGGAAAGGGAAUCGCUGGUUGGGGACGUGCGGUCGCUCCUAGUACUCAGGAGUCGCGGAACGAAGCCAUUCGUGAGGCAUUUUCGAACAUUAUAGCUGUUGACCUGGAACAGGAGGGUCCGAUGUACCCUGUCCGCAUUAAUGCGGAUGGCUCGCGGGUAAUACUUUAUCCUGCAAAGCGUAUCGUCGCUAACUUUCGCGUUGCGGAUAUUUUGUGCGCAUUUGGCUUCCAGCAUGCAGGAUGCCGCAUAAAUAACCGUGCAGUCAGCUCCCCGAAGUCCCCUACACAUACAGUGGAGGCUGUCUUCGAAGCCGUGAAGGCUCUCCGAAGUAUUAGCGAGAUUGCUGCGAGCCGUGGAAAGGUCCCGCAUUCCCUUAUUUAUAACAUUUAUCCUUAUUUAGAAGAGAUUCGCCGCCGUAAAGGCAUGAUGGCUAUGCAUCCACCCGGCAAGGACGGUAUCUUUAUGCCGGAUCGUGUGAUUGAUAAUCGAAUGCCAGACCACCUCAAGAAGGGCUAUUAUGACGAUGUUUACUGGAAGGAUUUUUUUGCCGGUAACAAAGAACAUCUAAACGAGCCAAAGAUGGGUCUUCGCGGCGACGAGCUUCGGGCCAGGGUCGAGGCCGCAUCCAGUACGACAAGAAAUGCUUUGAGGUCCCGGCAGUCCAACCGCCGCACACUUGCUGAUCUUCUAAAGAAGCUUGGUAAAACUUACAACGACUUGGGCUCAUUGCCAGUGGAGGAUCCCAAUUUAGAUUUGAAACUUCCAUCACACGUGAAGCGAAAUUACUUGCUUCACUAG